AUGAAGGAGUUUAGUUUCCACAAGAUCUUCACUAACGUUGACAAGGUGCAUGCAGCUCAAGUUCUCAACAUGCUGGGCUUGGAAGACUGGUUUGAAGGCCUUAUAUGCUUUGAAACUCUUAACCCUCAUCACCUUGAACCAAUUGAUUGCAUGAUGGCAUCAGAUUCUCUACAAACCCUCAUCACCUUGGACGAACUAAAUGGUCAUCAUAGAACGUACACCAGAGGCUAA